AGGGGUGAAUCGGAACGAAAUGAUACGCGCUCGUCGUUUCCGGCCGAGCAGCGUUAACUGGUGCACCAGCGCAAAAUGGCGAACCACCUUCGCUUCGUUGCCCGAACAGUGAUGGUUCAGGGGGGAAACGUGGAUGCUGCAUAUAAAGCCCUUAAUAGAGUCUUAUCGCUGGAUGGAGUCAUAGAAACGGUAAAGCGUGGACGCUACUACGAGAAGCCAUGCAGACGGAGACAGAGGGAGAACUAUGAGAACUGCAAGAGGAUCUACAACAUGGAGAUGGCGCGCAAGCUCUCGUUCGUCUCCAGGACCAAUCGACAAGAUCCGUGGUUGGGGUGUUGAUCAGCACCAAAAAUGAACAGCACAUAUAUAGAGUGGACACGACCCGAAAAUGUGUAUGAAAUGUUAUUCCUUAUCACAGUGUGGACUUUACUCACAAUCUGGAAAGAAUAUAUAACCUUCAAGCUUUUUCCAUAGCUAUUAAAUGUCUCUGUGAAUCGAUGUUGCAUUUGACUUGUUUUAAAAACAAAAAUAUGUAAUUACUUCAGUUUUAACCAUUAUGUUUUUGAGCUACAAAAAUAUAAAAAAGUGUCAUGGAACCUCUUCUUAAAAAAAAAAAAAAAAACAUUGGGAGUCUU